AUGAAGUACUGGACGGCCGAUGAAGACGACGAACUUCUGAAGUUUGCGGUCGAAAAAGCGAAAUUGGAAACGAGGGUGUUGAACGUGGAAAAAGUGUUGCAAGAGUACACGGAAAGCGGAAAAACGACACGCUCUUUGACGUCGAUAUUGAGCAGGUUUCGGACAAAUCUAAUGCUUUUAAAAUCGAAUUUAUUCGCAGGUUCAACAAAUAUUUGGCGCCGAACGUGUAUGCAAUGAGUCAAUUCGAUACAAAUACAAAAGUACGGAUGAUGUUCGCAUUCGGCGUCUCGACCAACAAGAAGUUUCUGGAAGAACUGAGGGAGCGGGCGGACGUGGAGGUCGGCGAAAACGGAAAAAUCGAAAAGUAUACGGAAAAGAGAGAGGACGGAUUGAAACUCGUCGGAUACGCAGUGAAUGCGCUCUUCACCGAGGAGGAGGAUCGACAAAUUCUAAAUUUUUUGGCGGAAAAAGCGAGAGAAACGAGGGGCUCACUUUCGAUGAAUGCUCUCGCGAGACAAUUCAAAGUCUCGGAAUCGAGCAGACGCUCACCACGAUCCAUUGAGUCUCGGUACGAGUUUUCAGAGCAAAAUUCUUGAGGAAAUGCGUUUUUUUAACAGAAUUAACAAAUACUUGAAGCCGAGAAUCUAUUUGAUGGAUGCGUUCGACACGGAGACGAAAGUGCUCAUGUUGUUCUGUUCGGACACGCCAGUCGACGGAAAGUUUUUGGAGAAACUGAGAAAGGAAGCGGAUGUGAAAGUGGAUGAUAGCGGAAAAAUCACAGAGUUUCGGGAAAAGAAGCCCGACGGAUUGAAGCUGACCAUCAAGAAUUAUUACGGCGGAAAUGUUAUAGGUUUACUUUAUGUGCAAUUUUGUAAAAGCAUCGAAAAAUCUCUAAUUUGAGUCGGCAAGAUAUUGAUUUUUCAGGGAAAAGAAAAAGAGCGACAAUAGCUGACACUUCCGAUUCGGAAGGAGAACUUGCGCCGCCACGUUCCGCCAGAAAACAGCCGAAUAGGCGCAAAGUGUCUUCUGGCGAGAGUACAGAAUAUCAACCGUUCGACGGAUACGGCUCUCAAUUCGAAUUUAGCGCAUCCGAGCAAAAAGCAGGGAAAACGAAAAAAGGUACUUUGCCACACGCGCUCUACCGAAAUGCCAUGAGAAAAUCUCGGUAGAGCGCGAUCGCAAGACUUUUUAAGAGAUUGGAAAAUCGUAUUUUCAGAAAAGUGA